AUGCUUCUCGCCGAUGUGAGGGCUGGGGACGCUGACGCUGCAGUUGAACGAGUGCAGUUUUUUUUUCUUUCGUCACCCUUCGCACGCACGGCGCCGGCGGCAGCUGUCGGACUCCUGCGCGGCGGUGUCUCGGCUCUCUUUCGUAGAUGCCGCGAACUAGUGGGGAGCGGGACAGGGGGCACAGCGCGGUGUGGAGCAUUUGUCCUUGUGGCUCUCAGGCACUCUUUACUACUUUCUAUCUUCGCUCUGUCUGUUUGUCUGCAUGUCUCUCUCGGACUUUCAGGUCCUAAGUGUGCCUUCCUUGAUGCUGCUACUGCUGUGAAAGCGGAGAAAGGGUGA